GAGGCUUCUGGGCCUUUGCAGCUUCCUUACAGAUGAUAUGUCCUAUGUUAGUGGUCUUUCUCUCAUCACUUGACAUUGUACCGGUGUGUUCGAAGUCCUAGAAACUAUACGCUAUGGCGGCGGAACGAUUGCGCAUUCUGGUGAUUGGCUCCGGUGGUCGAGAACACGCGCUUGCUUGGAGGCUGUCCAAAUCGCCCUCAGUUGAUGUUGUGCAUGUUGCUCCCGGUAACGGUGGUACAGAGGCGGAGAAUAUCAUCAACGUGAAUAUUGCUGCCCACAAUUUCACCGACUUGGUCCACCACGCCAAAAAUCAUGGACUGAACCUCGUAGUUGUUGGUCCUGAAGCUCCCUUGGUCGCAGGCGUUGAGGGAUUUUUCCGAAGAAAUGGCAUUCGCUGCUUUGGACCUAGCCAGGCUGCCGCAAGGAUGGAAGGCUCGAAGGCUUUCUCCAAGGAUUUCAUGCAACGCCACGGUAUACCCACAGCAGCAUUUCGAAAUUUCAGUGAGUACGAGCCUGCUCAAAAAUACCUAGAGUCUGUCAACCACGAUGUUGUGAUCAAAGCAGACGGAUUGGCUGCAGGGAAAGGGGUUAUCAUUCCUACCACGAAAGAGGAGGCGCGUGAAGCCUUGAAGAAGAUCAUGGUUGAUCGCGAAUUCGGUUCAGCUGGCUCACAAGUGGUCAUUGAAGAGUUCCUGGAAGGUGAAGAAUUGAGCGUCCUAUCUUUCAGUGAUGGUUACACGAUCAGAUCUCUACCACCCGCUCAAGACCAUAAACGCGCGCUCGACGGAGAUCAGGGUCCCAAUACUGGUGGAAUGGGCUGCUAUGCGCCAACACGCGUUGCCUCAAAGGAGUUGAUUGCACAGAUUGACCGCGAGAUCGUUCAGCCUACAGUUGACUGUAUGCGCCGUGAGGGUAUGCCAUUUGUGGGAAUGCUCUUCACUGGUCUGAUGAUCACCAAAUCUGGUCCCAAAGUGCUGGAGUACAACGUUAGGGGAGGAGACCCCGAGACUCAGACUUUACUACCUCUACUCAGUGACGACACUGAUCUUGCGAAAGUUAUGCUCGCUUGCACGGAGCAUUGGCUGGAUGGGGUUGAUCUGAAAAUUGAACCAAAAUUUGCUGCCACGGUCGUCGCUUGUGCUGAAGGCUACCCAGACACGUAUGCGAAGAACAGACCGAUUACCAUACAAAAAGUGCCUGAGGACACUUUCGUCUUCCACGCUGGCACAAGCAGAGAUGGCAAACAAGUCAUAUCUACAGGAGGCCGAGUGAUAGCCUCGACCGCCACAGCAACUACAUUAGAAGAGGCAGUGUCCAAAGCGUACAAGGGAAUGGAUUCUAUCAAAUUUCAGGGUAUGCAUUUCAGAAAAGACAUCGCGCAUCGGGCGUUCGCGAGGAGCGAGCAAGAGAAACGACCAGAGGAUGCACCAAUGACAUACGCAUCGGCUGGCGUGUCGAUUGAUGCAGGGAAUGAUCUUGUCACCAGAAUCAAACCAGCAGUCAAGUCGACCUCCCGUCCCGGUGCCAAUGCCAUCAUUGGUGGCUUUGGUGGAGCUUUUGACCUCACAAGGGCUGGUUACCAUGAAAAGUCCCCGGUGCUCAUUGGUGCUAUCGAUGGUGUCGGCACCAAGCUCAAAAUUGCGCACGCGACGAACAUCCACGACACCGUUGGCAUUGAUCUUGUGGCCAUGAACGUCAAUGACCUAGUUGUGCAAGGGGCAGAACCAUUAAUGUUUCUCGAUUGUUAUACAUGCAGCAUCUUAGAUGUCGACAUUGCGAGCGAUUUUGUCCGCGGUGUUUGCGAAGGAUGCAAGACGGCCAACUGUGCUCUGGUUGGAGGUGAAACAGCCGAGAUGCCAGGCCUUCUGAAUGGUACUGAGUACGAUGCCGUUGGUGCCGCUAUUGGUGCUCUCGAUACUGCAGCCGGAAAGCGAUUGCUGCCAGACAUGGAGAGCAUGAUCGAAGGUGAUGUUCUUCUCGGUCUCGCGUCGAAUGGCCUGCACUCGAAUGGAUUUUCUUUGGUCCGACGAAUAGUCGAAAAGAUGCAUUUGAACUUUUCGGAUCAGGCUCCUUGGGACUUGGACAUGACCGUGGGAAAAUCGCUUCUCACACCAACGCGCAUCUAUGUUGUGCCUUUGCUUCAAGCACUGAAACGGGACUUUGUCAAGGGAAUGGCCCAUAUCACUGGUGGCGGCCUCACGGAGAAUGUGCCUCGAAUGCUGCCGGAUCAUUUGACCGCCGAAAUCGAUGUGUCUUCGUGGGAGAGACCCGCGGUCUUCAACUGGCUGCAACAAGCCGGCGGAGUUAGCAGUCCAGAGAUGGGUCGUACCUUCAACAACGGUAUUGGAAUGGUUCUUGUCGUUUCUGACGUUGCUUCUGGUGAGGUCCGAAAGAUCCUAGAGGCAGAAGGUGAAACGGUCUUCAAGAUUGGAAAGCUGGUGAACAAGGAAGGCCAAGAGGGUUGCGUAUUGAAGAAUCUGGACACUUGGAAAUCAUCAUGACAUGGAAUCCCUCGUUACCAGAUUACUCAGCAAGAUGCUUACGCUCUCGGCAAACAACUAGUUGCCAUCUUUGGUGGUGCUGCACAGGACAAGGCACUCAAAAGUAUCAAUCACGCUUGCUCUGCAGCGCCACAGAGAGCUUGGGACGGAUUUGGAGCAGGAAAUUCGAGUGGCGGAGUGACACAACCUUUUGAGGCGACCUUGUGCUUACUCACGCGAUACUGCUCGGGACUGUUUGCGUUGUUGUUGCCAUUGCUUCCGCAUGCACAGUGGCCUACGGAGGCUCGGGACCAAAAAGGCUUUCAUUGGGCCCCAAGAUAUGGCCUUGGGGCGGUGAGAGGUCCUGCACAAGGUGAUCGUACAUCAUGUGGUCAGCAAAUUGGGGACAACUGGUCUGGAGAAUGAUCUGAGGCAAGGCGAAUCAGCCCUUAUUCCUGCUUCACUCUAUGGAUCUCCGCGAUGUGCGUUGAGAGAGAUCAGUAACCACGGGAUGGAGACCACAUCCAGCACCCUUUACUCUCGAUUCAUUCAAAGUUCCGGUCACUUCAUCAGAGACUACCAUCGUGGUUGGUGCAAGCAGUACUACCGGUCUUGAGCUGGCCAGAUUCUUGGCUCAGCGGGUUCAAAUUCAGGACAUUGCCAUCAUGCAUAUAUCAGGCAGCCCCCAAAGAGGCCGAUUCGCGCAGGAGAGAGGGCGUCAGUCACCAGACCACAGGCAGAGGCCAAAGGGACAGAUGCAUUAGUCAUUGAUGAAGCUACUGGCCAAAACGAACUCCUUACUUGGUUCUUGUUGGCCUACUUAUCGGUUAUCUGACAGCAACGUGACCUGAGUUUGUGGCGUCACAUAUGCCUUCAUUCCCGCUCUUAGAGCCCGUAUGCAUGAUGUUGCGUUGACAAGUUUGCUGGUGGUGGAGAAUCUGAAGAUGACAGAACGUAGGUAGUCGAGAUGGGUGACAACGCUGUACUUUAGGUCAAUAGUCUCCCACUAUAUGAAAGCCAUUAAAGAAG